AUGUCAACAGUCUAUCUAGAGAUAAAGCGCCUUACUUUAAAGUUCUCUCAAGAACUACCUAAAGAGGAUCUUACUAAAAUAAUCGCCUAUAUCAGUGAGGAUGUCAAUCGAGCAAAUCAGGUAGAGCAAGCCCUAGCUGUCUUUGAUACUGAUGAAGAGAAAUGCAAUUACUUGAAAACUUAUUUGGACUUUUUGAAGCCUGAACUGGGGGCUUGGAACGCUUUGAAGAAUGGAACAAAAGAAAACCAGUUUCUUCGGUUGUCUAAAGAGGCCUCCUAUAUUUUAGGUGAUGAUGAUAAAGGUUCCAAUCCACCUGCUCUGUUCAUCCGUGAUUGCUAUAUUCACCUUUCAGAGAUUAUUCUUGAGGAUGACAAUAUCCGCCGUUUGCGUAUUACUGGCAAUCCGGGAAUUGGAAAGACCUUCUUUGGUUAUUACCUACUUCAUCUGCUUGCGAUCCGAAAUAAGACAGUUAUAUAUCACAAAUGUAACAAAACACCAAUUCUUUUCAGUGAAGAAGCUGUUUAUCGUAUUUACCAAGAUAAUAUUUAUGAAUUCAAUGAUUUUCUGAUGAAAAGAGAAGUAUGGUAUAUUGUGGAUGGCCGAGAACCAUCAGAUGUUCAUGCAAAGACAAUUCUUAUCUGUUCACCCCAGAAGCAUUACUAUCACAAAUUCGACAAGCUUGGUACAAUUAUUCGGUAUAUGCCAGUGUGGUCAUAUGUAGAAAUCAAGAAAUGCAAAGAUAAACUUUUUCCUGAUCUUAAUCAAGAAUUGGUUCAAAGUUUAUACAAUAAAUGGGGCGGGAUUCCUCGUUACACGUUGUAUUAUGCGCUUAAUGAUAGUCAACAAGAUCUUCUCCAAAUGGCAAUUAGCACUGUUAAUCAAAGAAUAUUGAACUUUGUUGAUAAUAUAGAUGAAUCUUCUAUAUCAAAAAAUUCCAUGGUAACUAAACUAGAUAAAGGUAAAGGUAGUGCAGUAAUUAAACCGGAAAUGAGAAAAGAUAGACCUUUUUAUACAAUGUCAAUCCUAGAGUUUGCAUCUGAUUAUGUUUCCGAGAAGGUAGUAGAUAGACUCGCAACUCAUUAUAGAAAUCAGUUGCUGAAUUUUGUGGAAAGUAGCUCGUUAAUAAAUGAAUACAGUACACUCCGAGGUGCAAUAUUUGAGCAGAUCGCUCAUCAGAAAUUGCUAAGUGGAGAAUCUUUUAGGACCCGUCCUUUAUUUGAACAAACUUCUUCCUUUGGGAAUGGUAAUUCCAGAUUUAGAUUGCCUACAAGAGACAAAUUAUUAUUCAACAACAUUAAAGAGAUUGCACCUAACAAGUACUGUAUACCAACUCAAAAAAAAUUUGCAUCAGUUGAUGCAAUUAUUCACCCCAACAUAUUUUUUCAAAUGACGACUUCCAAGAAUCAUCCUAUCAACAUAAAUGGCUUGCGAAAACUUAUUAACGAAAAUGAAAAUUUGGAUAUUAAAUUUUAUUUUGUUGUACCGAAGGAACUGUACAAUGACUAUCAAGAGCAGGAUCUUCAUACUCAGUGCAAGACUGUUGUCCAGUGUAGACCACUUUGGACUAAUCACCUUAAACAAUAUGUUUUGGAGCUUGAUUUAAAAUUAUAA